CAUCAAUGUCCAGACCUUGAGCAUGAUCAUCCCAGCCGUUUCGGGCGUCGCCAUUAACUCGCCUUUCUACGCCCCUCUGUGCCCUCUUCGCGCUCCUCGACAGGCAAGUGACCUGGAAGUGGAGAGAAUCAACACAAGGGGCGAGGCGCGCUCAUCAACAUGGGGCGUGAUAGAGUAGGUGGGGCACCUCGAGGGCGCAUGUCGGGGCGUAGAAGCCUGCGACGGGGUCAAUACGACGGGCUUCGGGCGGCGGGCGACCGAAGGGAGGCUGUAGUCGAGGGGUGUACAGCUUCUCGCCUUGGACGCGCACGCUGUCCUUUACGGAAGGCCUGUUGAGUGAUCAGACCGGGAGGGGUAGUCCACUAGACGACAGGUCUGGUAAGGGUACUUAUGAACAUCUGAUCACUCGCAUCCCUUUUGGAUUCAAGCUCGACGUUUGCCCUUGUCUCUCUUUGACAUUCACCCUUCCACGACAACACGACAGACACAACCAGCCAACAAAUGUCCACCGCGACCACAAGCGAGGUCAGCAGGUUGGCCCUUCACUCGGCACUAUCCGGCGCGAGGAAGAAUGACCGACCAAACUUCAUAUCAUGCACGCACUGCCGCGCGCGGAAGAUCAGGUGCAGUGGCGAACGACCAGGUUGCGUGAACUGUGAGAAGAAGGGCUUCAAAUGCGCCUACGAUUCGUUCAUAAAGAGGCGAGGUCCAGACAAGGAGCCUGGAGGGCGGCUCAAACCCCGAAGCAUCGUGGAGAAUCCACCCCUCCUCCACAGACUGUCGUCUGGGAGACUCCCCAGAGCCCCACGGAGAUUCAUGGCAGGGCAAAUUCCGUCCAUGAUUCGAAUGGACCGAAAACACCAAAACAACUGGGUCACCAGCGAUCGCGGUGCCUCCUCCGGAGGCUAUCCCCUCGUUUCUCACGGCACUGCACCAUGGCCUCCGGGCAGCGCCAACACGGAGGCGCGAGCGACAAUUGCAAGUGUGCACCGAACAUGGUCUGCGGCAGUAUUCGAGUCCAUGAACGAGCAAACGGUUCUCAAGCACUGCAAAGCUUUCCUCGAGAAUCGCAACCUUUGGUUCAACUUCUUCUACCAGGGGCUUUUCUUUGAAGGCUUCUUUUCACGCCAAUUGGGACCGCCGGUGGUCCUUGCUAUUCUGUCCCACACCACGUUCAUCCAGGAUGGCCGUACUCGUGAGGGGCAACUUCGCGCACUUCACUACGCCGAGCAGGCGAGCAAGGCCAUCGAUCAGUACCUCGUGCAAGGAUACCGCGACCCCGGCCUGGCACAGGCAGCAUUACUCUUGGUCGCAUUCGAGUUCCAGCCUCAUGGCCACCAGAACCAUGCUCGCGCAGCCGCAGCCAUGGGGCUUAUGGACACAUGCGCCCAAGCGUGCAUCACCUUUUGGGACGAGGGCGACCUGGCUCGCGUCCGGCCUUCCAAGUUUCAUCACCCUCAAGGGCGCCAGCCGUCUGUGGAGCCGGAGAAGAUCACGCCACUGUCCAUUCGCCAGCAGGAAGUUCUUCGGAUGCGAUGGACUCUGAGUCAAUUGGCUGCCAACGCGUGCGUAUGGAGACAGUUAACCGGCCAGCCGCCACUGGAUAUGAUCUCGGCCGAUCCAACAAAGUUUGACAUGUUAUUCCCGGUCAAGAUGAAAGGCGAAGCGGCGGAAACCAUCCUCUGCUCGAAGAGUCCUUGGUCUCUGUACCAUCAGGCCAUUUGUCUCUGGUUCCGGGGCACGAACCACUCACUCAGUGCCGAGUCCCGUCGCGAUGUUUUAGGGGAACUCGAUGUGGUUCAGAAAGCGGCCGAGACGCUUCCCCACGACCCCUCCGUCCAGGCAUACAUCUGGAAAGCCAAGGAAUGGGGCUUCGCAACCCGGGGCCAUCUGGGUGACCUCUCCUCCCUCGAAAUCCGUCGGUGGUUCCGAACUCAAGAGGCUGCGUUAACUGCCGCUGAGCCAACCGCGACGAGGAGCCCCAAUCAUGGCCCGGAUCCCAGCCGGUCUUGGUGGUACCUGUCGAUUGCAUACACCGCGGUGAAGCUCGCCGCUCAAGCACCUCACCUGUUUGACACCGACGUCACGUUACUCCUUGGCAUGGUCUGCGAGUCCCUCGAUAGCCUGGUCUCCACUUGGCCUUGUUCAGCUCUAGAGUACCACUUUGAGGCCCUCAAGCGUCAGCUCGAGUCCCGCGGUGGCGUGCCCCAGAUUGACCGCGAGGUAUGAGUGUUCGCGCGAUUAUUGUGUUUCCACGAGCCCGAUAGUGAGGCCGAGGCCAACGUAUCCAGCCCAACCCUGGAACAGAUAUCAUCAUCUAGAA